UUGGCCGCAAGGCCCGCCUUUUCUCCUCAGUGGGCUCUGCGAUUGGGCCGGGGACGAGAGGCGCCCCUCUGUCUUGCGGCGGGUGCUGAUUGGGCGGACCCCCACUCGGAGGAUGUGAUUGGGCAGGGCGCGCGGCUCGGCGGCUGCUGCAAGCUGCGCUGGGCGUCGUCGGAGCUGCUGCCACCCUGCCCCUUCCCGGCCGGGGUCCUUGAGGACGGGUCCCCGUGACCAGCCCCGCCCAGCAGGGGCCCGGCCGAGAGACCCAAGGCCAGGAUGUGCGAGACCCUCAAGUGACUUGGAGAAGACAUAACAUGGCUGCCUUCCUGGCAGCCCAGAAUGCCCACCCUGACUCCCAGCUUUCUGGAAGAGCUCUGCUGGGGCACCUCUGAGUGGGAGCAUGUGGGGGAGAACUUCAGGGAUGAGGAGGCCAAGGAGGUCUUUGCUAACAAGGAAAAGACGGUGGAGUUCUGAAAAGGUUGCUCUGCCUACUCUGUCGAGGAUCCCAUGGAUGGCUCAGGCCGCCCGGAUGCCAUGUAUGUGGUGGUGCCCUUGCUGGGCAUAGCUCUGCUCAUCAUCAUUGCCCUCUUCAUCAUCUGGCGCUGCCAGCUGCAGAAGGCCACGCGCCACCGCCCGUCCUAUGCCCAGAACCGCUACUUGGCCAGCCGGGUGGGGCGCAGCCUGCCCAGAGUGAUGGUCUACCGCGAAGCCUCAGGGCACAGCCAGAGCGAAGGCCACAGCCAGCGCGAGCCGAGCGGCAGGACGGCUGGCAAUGGUCGAUGGGGCCUGGGCUCUGUCAGCCUGCCGGAUGGCACCCUCCACCCCCCCUCUGGCCACUCGGCCUCUGCACUGUCCAGACUGUCCAGUGCUACCCCGCCCCCUUCCUAUGAGGAGGUGACUGGACACCCCGACAGCAGCAGCAGCAGCAGUGGAGAGGAGGCCAGCCUGGCGUACAGCGAUCCCCCACCCAAGUACGAGGAGAUUGUGGCUGUCCCUGGGAAAUAGCAGGAUAGCUUCCCCUCAACCAGACCACGUCCUUGUGGAGAAGCCUUGUCCUCCACGCUCGCCCCAAAUGCCAGUGGCAGCGGCUUCUGCAGACACCUUUCUUUUCUGCAGCUGGAGGCGCUGCAGACAUGGACAAAGUUCAAGCAUCACGGGGCUCCCGCUGCUCUCUUGGGGAGAGUCAAGUUGGGUGCUCAGUCCACCCCCAGCAUGGGGGGGCUUCCUCCUCUUGCUCACCAGGAGGGGAGCAGGCGCCCUCCUGUCCUCCUCCCAUGCUGCAAAAGGAGACUGCGGUCUUCAUGGGUCCACCGGUGCAUUUGACAUCCAACGUUUGAACCUGCUUCUGGUGGCAAGAGCUCACCCAGGCCUGUCGCCCGAGGCUGGUGGCGCCGUGCAGAACGAGCGGGAGUUCUCGGCAGCCGCUUGGGGCCCUCCUGGAAUCCCCCUGGCUUGGCCCUCUGGGUGUGCCAGGGGUGACAGGGGACGCUGCCGGCUCCUCAUCCUCCCUGCUCUGCCUGCUUAGCUCAUUCUCCUCGCCUUCCCUCCCUGCACAAAAGGAGGGGAAGAAGAGCCCCCCGCUCUACACCUGUGACCAACAAUGUGCAUUUGCUCCAGUCUGCCCCUCCUCCCCUCGGCGCUCCAAAGAAAAACUUCACCCUCUUGAAAUGAGCCCAAAGUGAACCUCCCUCGAUUGUGCCCCCAAAUCCUUCAUGACUGCUGCUGUCGGUUGAGCAGCCCUGCACUGAAAAGGGGGCUGCAUGUGUGCGCGUGCGAGAGAGAUGCCAGUGGACUUUCUGUGUAUCUUUCAACCCGGAGAGGGGCCAGUGCCUCUUUUUGUGUUGGGGGGAGCAGAAGCUGCUCCUCCUCUGCCUGCCCCACUUGCAUCUCCCUCCUCCUCCCUCUCCUUCCCCCUCUCUAGAAUGGCAAAGCAUCACUGGAUGCCUCAGGGCUUCCCUGCUUCCCCCUCACCUCCUAGGAGGGCAUCUGAAGGAGGGCCCCCAGCAGUUCCAUACUGCUCUUCUUGGUGGCUUCACCAUUCCACUCCCGGGCUGGACUGGACGGAUCUUCCUUGGUUCAGGGGACCGCUCCAAGUCUCCAGUUCACCUGCACAGAGGGAAAGGGCACGGCUGCCGGGGUCUUCUGCCUCCUGGCCUGUCUCCCGGCAGGAUGCACUUGCGUCUCCCUGUCCCUUCUUUUGAUGUUUCCACAGCGCCAUCCUUGCUGAAUCUUUGGGCCACCCCCCUUCCUUCCUUGCCUUGCUUGCUUUUAUGGCCCCUGCCAUCUUGGCGGCUGCUCUUUGGAGUCCUCUGGAGUUGGGUCUGUGUCACUCUGAGACUGGGGGGGAGGCAGGCGAGGGAGUCCUUUGAUUCUGCAAGCAAACUAGGAUUGUCUCUUUCUGCCUGCCUCUCCACCCCCCUUCUCUCUCGCACACCCCCUCACACCCCCUUUCUUCUCAAUGGUGCUAAGGCAUAGCCAGGAAUUACUCAUUGUGUAUUUAUGUGCAUUGCUUUAUUGUAUUUAUACAUCUUGUUUAAAGAAAAAGAAAUGUCAUUUAA